GUGCAAGUGAGAAGAUAAGAGAAUAGAUAACACUAUUGCUUUUGAACAAGAGUACCAUUAGACUCUUAAAAGUUAAACUUGCUAGCUUUUUCUCAGAUUCUUAAGGUUAAUUUUCAAAAGAAAUUAAGUUAUGGAAGAUAGUAUGAUAGAUAGGCCAAGUAUGGCAUUUGAUGAGAAAGUAAAUAUUAUUGGCAACAAGAGAGAUAGAAAUGGUGAUGAAGAAAUCGUUUUGGGAAGGCUAGAAAAGAGGCCAAGUGGAAUUUUAGGUGUUGAUGAAGAAGGAAAACAAAAUAAUGGUGGUAUUAUUGACACUUUCAUUUCAAAUGUGUUUCACAAUAAGAAUAAUGAAAGUGUUACUACAAAAGAAGAAUGUGAAGUAGUCGAAGACAAAGGAGACAGUUUAGGUGUCGAUGAGAAUGUCGAAAAUGGUGGUCGUGAAGGAGGAGGAGAAGGUGGAGUCGUCGUCAUCAAAGAUUUCUUUUCAAACAUAUUUCAACGUAAUGGAAAUGAUGAUAACAUUAAUGAAGCAAAAAAUGAUCCUGUUAACGAAGUUGUGGACAAAAAGGAAGACGAGGUAGGUACUAUAUAUAUUGAUGGCAACUUCGAAAAUGGUGGUGGUGAAGAACUAAAGGAUCUUAAUAAUGCUGAAAAGCUAGUCGAGAAGCACGAUGUAGUAGUAGGGUCUGAUCAUUUGCCUAGUAAAGAUCUUGAAGCAGGAAACAAGUCGAAAAUGAAGCCAGAUGAUUAUUCCGAAAGAGUAUUUUUCUUGAACAACAAUUGAUCGAAUUAAGUAGAACGCAACUAAUUAAUGACCAUAUAUAUUCGACCUAUGUGGGAAGCUUCGAAGGAGUCCAACAAUAUCCAAGAGCUAGCUUGUUGUUUAUCAAAGAGACUUCGAUACGACAGUUUGGUAGUUUUAAGUUUUCAUAUAUGUAAUUUGUACUAAUCACACAAUAGACUUAUAAUUAGUUCCUGUAAUCCGCGCUAUAUGUACGUUCUUUGUCUUUCAAAAGAUUUACCUAAUGGAUGAGAUUUAAUUAGA